CGGCCGCGGGACUGGGCAAGUGGCGUCACGUGACGCAUGCUGCACUUCAGGUUGCUGCUCAAUUUGAUAUUUCCCGCCUUCUCCAGCUGUAGAGUUCUGUGAAAUUGUACUGUAAGUAUGUUUUACACCUACCUACUUCUGGGCAAGCGAGGGGCCCUUUCCAAAAUCUGGAUAGCUGCACACUGGGAGAAGAAACUUACCAAAGCUCAUAUAUUUGAGUGCAACCUUGAUUUGGCCAUUCAAAGCAUCAUGGCACCAAAGGUUGUUAUCGCACUGCGAACAUCAGGGCAUUUACUUCUCGGAGUUGUGCGCAUUUAUCACCGAAAAGCAAAAUAUCUUUUAGCUGAUUGUAAUGAAGCCAUCUUGAAAAUGAAGACUACAUUCCGUCCAGGAGCUCUAGAUCUUGCGGACGACAAUAAGGAAGCCAGUUAUAAUGCCAUCACCCUUCCAGAAGAGUUCUAUGAAUUUGAUACACAACUUCCUGAUUUAAAUUUAAUUGACGUGGUGGAUCAUUUCACUCUGAACCAGAGCCGGAUAGAGGACAUCACGAUUAGAGAAGAUUAUGGAAGACAACUUAUUCUUCAUGAUGGUUUUGGAGAUUACCUAGAUACAUUCAGACAGGACUCUCCCAAAGAUGACUCCUUUGAAGUAAGCACCAACAGCUAUUUACCUGAGCAGAGUUCUAUGUCCAUAAAUGGAGAGGAGAGAGAUCGUUUUAAUCAAGACUGCUUUGGAGAUGAGGGAACGACUACUUCAGACUUUUUUGAUAACAGUCAGAUUUUUAUUGAAUCAACUAACCCAUGCGCUGAUAGGAAUGUGAGCAAAGAGGUGAUUUUUCCAGCCAGCCCACCUGAAGAUGAGAAACAUUUAGAGGCAGCAACUUUAGGUGAUGAUGCCAUGGAAAUGACUUUGGAACAUAUUCCAGCUGCAAACAACACCACUCUCCUUUCUAACGAAGAUAAAGGCUUCGUACUGGAGCCUGUAGAUGAGUCAGCUUUAGGUGAUGAUGCCAAGGAAAUGCCUGUGGAAACAACAGUGUUAAACAACACCACUCUCCUAUCUAAUGAAGAAGAUGGCUUUAUUUUGGAGCCUCUAGAUGUUUCAGCAAUUCAAAUUAGGAAACGAAGUAAGAGGAAAAGAAAGUUAAUGGUGGACAAUUUGAAGGAAAUUUCAAGCAGCUGCAUGCGUGAACAGCUGAUAAAUAUUUCAGACACUCUCACCUCUUUCGAUAUUGCUCCUCCAACGCACAGUCUGAUGGAAAGGAACAUAACCGGAGGAGUGCAGUGGCUGUUAUCUUGCCCUACUCAGCCAAUAAUCAACACUGACUUGUUACUGCUGUUUACACAAUGCAAGGAGCUUGAUACCUCUAAGCAUGUGCACGAGGAGCAAGCAGAACCUGAAAUUGAAACACUUAGAAAGGAACAGGAAGAGUUUGAUUUACCACAGCUAGAGAUGACCACAUUAACGGAUGUCAGCUCCUCCUACACAGAAGAGCCUUCGAAUAUGCAUGACUUGACAACAUAUAAUUUGACAACAAGCAAUGCGAGCAGAGCUGUACAAGAGCAUCACUCCCACCCACUCCAUUCUAAAAAGGAAAUGGUUGACCCUUUGUUGUAUGCCUCUCCGAGAUGUCUCACAGAAGAAGAAAUCAUUCCGCCAACUGAAAAUGUCCAGGACAGCGGCGAACACCAGUGGAGCAAAAGAACACAUGAGAUGCUUGGUGGCCUGCGAAAGCUGCACCAAUCUGGUGUGAGCUCCUUCAGUUUGCAGAAACUAUGUAGAAAUAACAAGCGAAAACAGGUAUCUGGCAAGUUCUACAGUUUCCUUGUGCUGACGAAGCAAUCAGCCAUCAAGAUGAGGCAGAGUGCUCCAUACAGUGAUAUUAUUGCUAUUCCAGGGUCCAGGUUUCACACACUCUGACUGACAGCAAUGUAAUCAUUGGUGCCUGCUGAUUACAAAACUUAUUUUAUAUUGUCUUAAUGUAUUUUUCCUGUGUGGUUAUGCACGUUUCAUACUAGUAAACAAGUGUCGCUCUGAUUACCUGUGAAAACAUUCCACAAAACAGGUGCUUUGAAUAAGUGCCACAUGCAUACCUCAUGCUAACAAUGAAUACAAUUUUAAUGCUAAUUGAUACACAAUAUAACAAUAACAAGGUAACCAACAAAAUCCUGCAAACCUCUGUAGGGUAUUUAUACAUACAGUAAUAACUUUUUAUGGGGAUGUAGCCAGGAUGCCGCCAGCGGAAUCCCAACGGUCACAAUGCCAACAGAUACCAACGGUAUUAUGUUUAGGUACUAGGAGGAGGGUUAGGCUGCAUGAGGGUAGGGGACGGUUAGGGUAGGGCUGCUGGGGGUGUGUGUUAGGGCUAGGGUUCAGGUUAGAAUACUCACUGGGAUCCAUCAGCAUUGUGAUUGUCAGGAUUCCUCUGUCAGCAUUUCGUAACCAACCCCAUUUUUAUGUACUGUUUGGUAUAUAUACAGUGUUAGUGUUUCUUGGUUUGUCUGGCAUGUUAAUAAUUAUAAUUUAUUGAAAGGAUGAAAAAUAACUCUGUUAGCCUGCUUGUCCAUGUCCACCAAAGACCAUCUACAAAUUUCAGUUUUUGUUAAAAAGCUGUUUGUUGUUGUUGUUUUUAUUUAUUUAGCAAUCAAAACAAUUUGAUUGCCUAGAUUAAUUUACAUCUAAACAAUGUAAGUAGCAUGAAGCUUGUUCUUAUGAUAAAAAAAAAAUGUAUUACAAGAAUAAUUUCAUGACCGGUAUAAUAAAAAAUAAAUGUAAUGAAACCACUGA